AUGAGACUGACUCCUGUUGCUGUGUCCCGAGCUCGCGCUAGGCUAGUGCAGUGCUUUUUCAAAAGACCCUCGUCUGAGCUCUCCCCUGAGCACCAGGAAGAGCUUCGCCAGCGCCGUCAGGUAGACCACUCCCAGCAGCGCUGGUUCUGGCGUGAUCUAGACGAUCUCAGCACCAUUCCCAUGGUGGUGGAGACCUCCAAUGCCCCCGACGCCUCGACGUCUCGCGUGACCUUCGCGGCUUCCCUCUCUGACCCGUCCGACGCUAGACGCCGACGCGCCAACUGUGACCCCACUCCUGCCUACUCUCCUCCCGACCCAUCUCCUCCCUACGCCAUCGAAUACGACGGAUGGAGUGCCGAGGGACUAGGAGACUGUCUUUACGACACACUCAAGCUCUUGGAUGAAGUCUACCACCUGAACCUGGCUCUCUUGCCCCCCACGGCUUUGAGGCGCGCCAUCGAGCCCCUCUACCCUCGAAGUCCCCUGCCUCUGCAGAAUGAAGCAACCGUCGCUGUUCCUCUGGAAGGACAGUGCAUCUCAGACAUGCUGCACUACCUAUGGGACAAGGCCCUAAACCACAGGGACCUCAUGAUCAAGGAGCAGAACUCACUGCGAGUAACGGAGUACCCCACCAUGGAGCAAGCCCGAGAUCGGAACCUGAACGCCGCCAUGAAGCAAAUCGAAGAUGAAGCCGUCUUCUUCAUCCACCUCGUUUCUCCGAAAUUGUUGAGGUGCACUAGGGCUCAAUACUGGCAGAUGAUCUCCGAUGACAUCGAGAGCACAAUGCCGAGCCGUGGCCAGCGUGCGUCCGUGUCUGUUCAUACCGGUCUGCGAGCUUAUACAGCCAGUACCAUCCCUUGA